GGGAGCAGGGAGGGGGGGGAUGGAUCCAAGUCGGUAGAGGGUGGAGAACCAGGGAGGCAUUGAGGGGGGGAUGGAUCCGACUCGGUGGAGGGCGGAGAACCAGGAAGGCAUUGAGGGGGAAAUGGAUCCCAGUCGGUGGAGGGCGGAGAAGCAGGGAGGAAUCGAGGGGGGGUUCCCGACGCGGGGCGGACGUCCGCUGGCAGGCAGUCACUACUCUUGUCCGUCAUCGCCGAAGCUACAGUCCUUCAUCGAACAGUUGACUUCUGUCCCGUUGGGGUUUGACAGCGAUGCCACAAACAACUACGAUGGUCAAGCGUGCGAGGAUAUGGAGGACGACACCGGUAAUGGAGACGAGGAUGAUGUUGAUGACGAUAACGGCGAUGGAGGCGGUGUUCCAGAAACAGACAAAGGUGGUGAUUCGAAUGGGAGAAAUGAUGCCAGACGUGGGCAGAAAAAAGGUCGGAACGCGAAGCUCAUCCUUGACAAGUGCGAGAAUGUGUCGGGCCUGCCGUCGUACUGGGACACAGACUUGGAAAAGCGGAAGGAGCUGCAGGUGCCUCUCGCCUUCGAGAAACCGUUGCGGGAUACCAUGCAGUGGAAACUGAACAGACCAUCCAUGACGUGCGACCAGACACUGGGCUCAGAGGACCUGCCGGGAGCGGGAGAAGGAACGCCGCCUCCGGGGAGAAGUGGAUCCGGAAAAAGCGGGUCUGAGGCAAGAGGAACAGAUGGCUCAGAGGGUGCUGCGAAGAUGCGAAGAACGUCGUCAGGGAGAACUAGGAUGGAUGAGGCAGGGACCGACGGAUCGACUUUGGCGAGGGCGAUGGAGGAUUCGACACGAUCCUACUGCGAUGGUCUUGACAAGGCCGCUUCUACAUUGGCGAAGGCGACCUCGGAUGUCGGCACUGCGAUGGCCGUGAAGAUCGGUAAUGUGGCGGAGAAGAUAAGAGGAGGGAACAUUAUCCUCGAGAUGCUCGUAGGGGUUCUCGCCCGCAGGUAUGUGGGGUCUGCCGGUGCCGACGACAACGGCGGGGACACGAACCCGACGUUUACCUAAUAUAUAUAUAUAUAUAUAUCAGUGAUACUAUGGAUCAGUUCCAGCC